UGUGCCGUUUCGUGACUGCCCCGACAUUUCGGUGAUUUUUCUAGGCAAGUGUCAAAGUUUCCCAUACGCUGUCUUUCUUUUGGUUUCCGGCAUCUGCCCUGAACUGUUGUAACGAGUGUAGUUUGGAAAGCUUUAAAGGCCGAAAGAUGUUCAUGCCCAAAGCUCAUCGAGUCGCCAUUUACGAGUACCUCUUCAAGGAAGGGGUACUAGUGGCCCAGAAGGACUUCUACGCACCGAAGCACCCUGAACUGGAGACAAUCCCCAACCUGCACGUCAUUAAGACAAUGCAGUCGCUGAAGUCGAAGAACUACGUAAAGGAGCAGUUCGCCUGGCGCCACUACUACUGGUACCUGACCAACGAAGGCAUCGAGUAUCUGCGCGCCUAUCUGCAUCUGCCGUCCGAAAUCGUUCCGUCGACGCUCAAGCGUGCCGCACGCUCCGAGCCGCAGCGAGCCCGACCACAGUCGGGACCGCGUCCGGAUGGUCCGAAGUCUGGCGAAGACCGACAGGCCUACCGCAGAACACAGCAGACAGGUCCCGCGGACAAGAAGGGGGACGUCGGUGCCGGAACGGGUGAUCUAGAAUUCCGUGGUGGGUUUGGCCGUGGAAAUCGCAUGUAAGCUCGCAUUACUGUACUGUAGUUUGACCGUGGAAAUCGCAUGUAAGCGCGCAUUACUUUUACAAACGCCACAUAAAUGUGCGUUUGGUCAAAAUUCGUCAGUUGCAAGGAAGAUGCGUAAUAAACCGGAAUAUAAUUAACCCCGA